GUGCAUAUAUGAUAUAUUAACCAUCAAGGAUUGCGCUUGUGGUGUACUCCACUGCAGCACCGCUUCAAUUCAACAGAGAGAGCGACAUGACAAAAAAGGAUGGCCGUUUGUACUAAGGAGAGUAUCCUUUCUCUCCCUCCCUUGUCUCCCCUAUAUACAUUACAAAACCCGUUCGACAAAAGUCCCAAGAGAAAGUACACAAAGCUGUUAGUCAUGGGAUCUGAAGAGGCAGAAGUAGAAUCAAGUUCCACACCAAAGCUGCAACUAUUCUUGCCUCCAAGUCCAAAAGCACAUGAACCAGAGCAACCAUGGACGGUGGCCUCCCCGCUCCAUACUGCCGCUUCAGUUCCAUUUCGGUGGGAAGAGGAGCCUGGCAAGCCCAGACCCGGCACCACCCUCAUCAUCCCCACUCAAAAGUGCCUGGAGUUGCCACCAAGACUGUUAAUGGAUGCUGAAACUGCCAAGCUCUCCUCACCCACCACAGUCUUGGAGGGUCCUUACAUGGGCAGGUCAAGGUUUCGGUCUUCUUCAUUUUCGUUGAAGAGGGAGUCUUUCCGUAAGAAUUGGAGUCCUCAGGCAGGAAAGUCUCGUCCUUUGGUUCUUGGCAAUGGAGUUGUUAAAGGGAAAGGGGGUUUUGGUUCUUGGAGAUGGGGGAAAAGUGCUUAUAAGGGUAAAUGUGUGGCUGUGGGUAAUCAUUUCUUUCCAUCUUCAUCUUCUGUGGAUGGAGAGCUUGAUAUCAGUAUAGAAGAUGAUGAUGAUGAGAGUUGCAAGAACAACAGUGUGAAGAUGACAAAGAUGAAAAGAUCAGGAAGCUAUCCUAUUUCAACUCCUGCGAGGCCUGACUUCUGGGCGAGUAUUUAUGAAGGCUUGAAGCAGGUGGUUCCGUGGAAGAGUAGGCAACUGAAGAAGGAUGGGCUGCUGUUUUGACUUUAGACCCUCAAUCAAUCUAGUCUACUUCUUGAGUGCCGCUGCCAUGUAUUUUUCGUAUUGACAUGUGUAAUAAAUGAAUUAGAAAGGACUAAAUAUAGUCAAUUUAAUUUAUCAUAUCUACCUUUCAAUUGCUGGGGGCCACUGUGCCCGAUGACUUCUCCA